GAGCAGUUUCCCCAUUUACCCCAGAAAUGGACGCUGGGAUCAUGGGAUCUCAGUAGUCAUAUUCUUUAUUAUGACUCCUGUGCCCUUCAAACAAACCCUGUGUGUGUUUGCUGCGUGUACUUUUGUAAGAAGAUUCACUUGGAAGGCAGGAGCUUUCUUGCAUUCACAUACCUACCAGAGUGGUCAAACAUUUUACUGGAGAUCGCACAGCAAAUCUGUAUCAGAGUUUGGCUUUCCCCUCUUUCUGCCACAGAUUUCAUGCAGGGAGAGAUUCUUAAGGUUAAGAAUGAAGCUAUACAAGCCUUGUUCUUGCAGGCAUUGGCCUACAGAAGCAUCAGGACCCAGCCAGAAAGUACGGGAAGCUUUGUGUUGGGGGAUGGGCACAGGGUUGUGCCUGGAAUAGGGUGUGGGGGACUUGGGCAGGAGGCAGGUGCAGGCUGCAUGUCCCUCUCUGUGUGGUGACACUGGGCUGGAGGACCCUGCUCUCUACUCUGGCCCUCUGACUUCUUAGUGCUCAGAGGCUGGGCUAUGUGACAGGCAGGCUGGUUGCCGUUAUAUAAUCUGUCUCCAGUAGGCUUUUUUCUUUCUUCUCCCUGUCUUCCUGGGUUGGUAUGAUGGGAAAGGCGGAGGAAAUCUCCCCAGGUUGGGAGCUAGACCAGGGGAUGGGAUUAGGCUCACUGAGGCCCCAUCUGACCCUGCUCUGGAAAGGGGCCUCUGCUGCAACAUCCUUGGCCCUUCUGUCCUUGGCCUGGACCUCUGCCCACCUUCCCAGCUUUGUCUUCCUUGCCAGCUGAGCUCCUGUCCUCCAUGGAUGGCCCUGGCCUGACAUCGCUCCUUGUUGGACAUUUUGCCACACACUGGAGUUGAGUGGGUAGGCUGGCUUUUCUCCGUUGCCUCCACUUCUCUGUCCCCCUGCGCACACAGUGUGGCCUAUAGAGGAGCUGCAGGCAAGGAGGACACUUGGUAUCACAAAUACAGUUGGGCGCUAUCCAGGUUCCCUAAGGGGGGUUGAUCUAAGGCAAGCCCACUGGCAAGGGUCAGAGCCAGGGCUGCAGCUCUGUGGUGGCGGGCUCUUGCCACCCCUUUGAAACCAUGGCUGGGACUUUGUAGGCUCUCUGAAGCCAACUGGCCUGAGAAAAUUAUCUCCCUUUACAGGGAAGCGGGAAGGAGGAAUGGUCGCAUGCGGUCCAUCCUCCGCGUCGCUGUAAUCACUGGUGGCUUUUAUGAGGUAGUCAUGGGGCCAGAGUCCAUCCAGCCCUCGCUAUCCUUCUGUCCCGGUUUGGUGACUUACUCAUGGGGGAGAGGUAGUAGCAUUAACUAGAAGCUGUGCUAUAGAAGCGGACAUCUGGCUGUGCUGUGGCUGACAUCGCCCUCUACACAGUUAGGAAAGCUGGAUAUCAGAAAGAACUUCCCAGAGAAGUGAGGGGGAAUCUCAGGCAUUCUCCAGUGACUCUGCUAAAAAGGCUUUGACCUUUGGCCUAGUGGGGCUGGUGCUGUUUGGCUCCUGGAAUAUUUUCUCAUCUCUCCCUGCCUAGGACAAAACAUAUUCUGAGGAGCUGUCCUGGAGCUAUGGGAAGACUCACCUCUGAGCCCCUUUCCCCAGAAAGCAGGCUGGUGGGGUCCUGCAGCCCCAGCUGCACCUGGCAGUCUGCAGCAGGUCAUGGGACACACGCGGGAAGGUGUACAGCACACCCUUAGGGGUGUGACACCCACAGAGCAGCUGCUGCGGGGGUGGGGGCAGCAGUGGUAAAGAUGAUUAAAGGAUUGGAGAGUGGGGGGUGGUGAGGGACUAGAGGCAGGAAGGGAAAGGCAGGCGCACAGACCCGGAGAGCCUGGGCUGGAGCAAGGGUUGAGGUCAGAGCACAGAUGGGCAGGCAGGGCCUGUCUGUGGAGAGCAUGCUUUGUGAGUCAGGGAGCACUGGCUGACUUCCACCCUCCCUUGCGGCUCUGAUCCCUGGCUAGCCACUGUCCCCCACCCUGGCCUUGGGUAAGUUGCCCCCUCCCUCCUCAGCCUCAGCUUUCCAGGUGUGCAGGAGUCUCCCUUUCGGUGACACGUGUGUUUGGUCCCUGCUGCCGGAGCUUUGUACCCGCCUUCCACGAGUGAGGCUGCUCUGCUGCAUUUUGGGGCACACUCUUGGUUCAGGAGGUCCCCACAGCUUUCCUUUGUGUUGGCUCAGCCCUUGUGCCAGCCCCGUUCCUGUUGCCAGUGGCAGAACUAGGCAGGACUGCUGGUGUGGCGUGGAUUGAGGGGCUGACUGUGGCUGACAGCCCCUUCUGUGUAGGGUACUAGAGGGAGUGACCUGCCCCAAGCUUUGGCCUGUGGCAAACCACACCCAGGCGGAACCGUAUUUACUCAUUUAAACCCUCCCAGGAGGCCCUGAGCUCUAGGCUUGGUCACUGACCUUGGCGUGGUGCCCCCGGCUGUUCUGGGGCCUCUCCCCUAGCACUGGGCAGACAACAUGCCACAGGGAAGGCGUGUCCUGACUGUCCCUAGCUCUCCCCUCCAGCAUCACCCAUGCACACCCAGUUUAACAGGGUGCAUGGUUCAGAGUCAAAAAUGAAGACUUUUGAGAUUCCCCAGAACUGGUGUUGUCUGUGAAGAGUCCUAAGCUGGUCAGAAAUCUGUCCACAACUGGUCGUUGGUAUUGGAGAGACUGAGGCUGAAGGACUAAGGGUUUAUUCAGUGAAGCCCACUGUGAGGGUUCAGGGCUGUUGCCUAAGAAGGCAUCUCUCUGCAGGAGGGAGGAUCCAGGCCACUCUUGACCACGGUACCACCUCGAUGCAGCACUCAGAGGUCUCCGGUGGCAGUUUGGGGGUGUAUUGCUCUGACUCUCGAGACAGUAAUUCCUUCAGAUUUCCCCAUUGAUGCAAGAAGCCCCAAAACAAGGACUAGAGCAGGAGCCAGCAGUACACAGAGACCCCUGGAACUCUGCUUGGAGCAGACAGGAAAGGGAUUGAAGGUAGCACAGGGACUGGGCAACCUUAUCUUCCUCCCCUGGCCCAUGCCUUUCCUAGAGGAAGAAGGUUCAAAGGCAGGUGUCACAGCUUCACCCUCCCUCAGGACCCUCGGCCAAGACCUGGGGUGUAGGGAUAAGGGCUUGAGAAGGCUUUGAAGGGACCACCAGACCCUGGGGUGGCAUGAGAAACAGGAUCUCCUUCCCAUGCCAUGCCAGGUGCCUCCUAGCCUCAAAACCUGCCCAGCAGACGACCUAGGUUCUUUGCUAGUCCUGCUGAUGUCCUCCUCCCUCCAGGCUGGGUUUGAAGACUGGGAGAAUAAAGACUAAGACAUGAGGGUCCAUGGAGUGGGGGUGGGGCAGAUGGUAGGGGGAAUAGGUCUCUUUUCUAGGUUCUUCUUUUUCCAUUAGAGGAAAUAUGAUGCGGGGCCUGUAAGCAGGGGCUGGAGGCUGCCCUUGGGACUGGCUGCUCUCCUCUAGCCUGUACCAUGGGUGAGGGUGGUUCUUCUUGCUCUAUCUCCCCUUGACAUCUGGACCCCUCUCUUUUUGCCCUCACACCUGCCUGCCUCUUGGCAGACUCCCCGUGUGGUCCCCAAUCAGGCCCUUGGCCAGGCAUGGAGUGGAAAACAGGUGUCCUGGCCCAGCUGUUUCUACUCUUCUCCCCCACCUGUCAGCCUGCAGUUGGGGGUGGGGAGCUGAGGAGAAAGGAAGCCUUCACCUGUUCCCAGGGAUAGAUAGGCCUUGCUUGUAAAAGCCCCUGCGAGCUUCCCCUCAGAGGAAGGAACCCUCUGGGUCAUGGCACAGACAGCAGUCAUUGCUGACAAAGUCAGAGGGACCUCUGCCGCUUUCUGAUCAAACAGUGAACCCUGUUUGAUGAAGGUGUGUUUCGAUGAGAGUAUGUGUUUGCCCAAGGGUGCUCAGGACCCACAAUGUAGGCACCCAUCCUCACCUAGCCUCUUUCCUUAAAACAGUAAGAUAAUCCCCCACAAGAGCCACCUUGCCACCUUCUGUUUAGGGCUUAGAGACCCAGCCACUGCCCAAGGCUCCUUUAAAUCCUUGCUGCUCCUUGAGGUCACAAUACCAGGAGGAUUUGCCUUCCCUGAUUGGAUUGGCCUCUUUCUGGCCUGGCCUGUCUGAGUGUGGGUGGCCCUUUAGUCUGUGCAGUACCUCCCAUUACCCCUGUGCCAAAAGCCCAGCAAUUAGGGCUCAGCUCUUGGUCUGUUCCUAGAUGCUUGAACAAAAAAUGGUGCCCUAGGAGAAAGCUGCUCUGGCCCAGGGCAUGCUCUGAGUUCCCUACUGUUUCCAUUUCACUGGAAGUCCCUCCACUCGGCUGGCUAUCAUCCACUUGUUGCAUUAGCAGGCAUCCCCAAACCAGCUUGAGUGGCAGCAUGCUCAUCCCAACGCUUGUCAAGAUGAUCUGUCCUCAAGGCCCAGCUGUGACUUUCACUUCUGUCUCCUGAGACCCCAGGGGGAAGUAGGCUAGGGAGGUGGAAGGUGACACUCUUAACGGUCCCAACUGCCCCCACCUCUCCUCAACUAAGGCUUCUGAUGGUCAGGGUCACUCUUCUUGUCUAGAUGACAACCAUGACAUGGGCUCUGCGAGAAGGAUGGCCGUUAGAUACCAGAGAGGACUUCCCAGAGUUGGCAGACUUAGCAGGGCUUCGAUUCAGACUUCCACAUUCUCAAGGGGCUGGUUGUCUGCCCAAACCUGUGGUAGGAGCACGGCACCUUCAUGACCCCUAUAUCUCCCCAGCUGCCUGUCUUGUUUAUUUAGCUUCUGACAAGGUGAGCUUGAACCCUAGAGUCGGCUCUUAGUAGGACCCAGUCUUCAAAGUUCUCUCUGUAAUCUAACUCAUGGCUACUGUAUUGGACUCACUCUGCACAGUGGAGAGUGGACUCCAGAAAUAGGGUAGGAGCACCCUGCUGCUGCUAUCCCACCUUGAGUCCUGUUCCAGAGGCUCCUAGCUGGGCUGUGCACUGCUGCCCCUCUGUCCCUUUCCCAAGGAUGGGUGCAGCAUGCUGUUCUUGGGCCAUUUGUGCAUCGAGGGGUGUGACAAAGAAGAUGGAACCAGCUCUGAGGUCCUGGGUGCCACGGUGCUGGAUAGGAGUGGCCUACACUCUGGAGUGGGAAGUUGGAUUUGGAGGAAUUAGGGUGGAGACACUAUGCAAAUCACCAUGCAAAUGAGCAGCAGUGAGUCAUGGUUACUUGGCCUGGUAGGCAGCGCUAAAGCAAAGCGCAAGUUUGGGUUUCCAAAAUGGACCACUCCAGCGACAGUGACCUUGGGCCAGCCAAGACUAGGACCCUUGGCGGACCCAAAUUCUGGGUCCCCUAGGUAGACCAGGUGUUCGACGGGAUCCUGAAAGCUGCAACUGUGACCAGGGUGUCCUGCGCUCUACCUGACAGGAGCAUCAACGGAGUGGCCCAGAGUGACGCUUCAGACAGCACAUCCCAGGAAGUGCCCCUCCGCACCAGCUGAAGAGGGCUAGACUGGCACCCCUGACCUCACGGCUCUGCCCUUCUGUUGCUGCAGGGGCCACUGAUGGAUUUGGGCACACAGCAGGGUCUCAGUAUAGGCUAGAGACGCCCAGACUCUGCAAGCCCUCCUGUCAUUGCCUGACCUCACUCAGCCCUUUGCUACCAGGGUGUGUCCGUAGCUGGAAUGGUUCCUGAGACCCAGCAGCGGCUCUAGGAACUUUCUUGUGGGUGGGAGGAGGCAUGGGGAGCCCCAAGGCCUGAGCUGCCACAGGAAGAAUGGGAGCUAGACUGCAGCAAGGACCGGGAGUAGGGCACAGUUGACAGUCCCUCAUGGAGAAAACAGGAUGACACUUUCCCAAGAGGUUUGCUAAACAGGAGAGGUGGGAAGCUGAGGGUGGAGUGUGGGAGAAUUGCCCAAGGGAAGUCAGGGGAAGGCUAUGGCCCUCUGGGUGCCCCUCAAGUCAGUUUCUGUCUCUACAGGUCACAGUGCCUGGGACCACCCCUCCCUAGCUCUGCUUUCCUGGACUGUCCCCUAGCCCGCCCUCAGGUCCCCUGUUGGUUCCGUUCGUCCAUGUAAGGAUCCUGCCACCAACCUUAACUGGGGCACCAGACAUCCUCUCUCUGCCUGCUGCUUUCAGUCUGGGAGCCUAUUCACAGGUGUUCUGCAGACCAUGAAAUAGUCCUAGACAUUCAUGAGCACAGUGUGAGGCUCCUGACCACCACCCAGCAGCCCUUUCCUCUCUGGCACUAAGGACCCCCCAGAGAAGAUGGGGAGGAAAAAGAUUCAGAUCCAGCGAAUCACUGAUGAGCGGAACCGCCAGGUGACGUUCACCAAGCGGAAGUUUGGACUGAUGAAGAAGGCGUACGAGCUGAGCGUGCUGUGUGACUGUGAGAUCGCGCUCAUCAUCUUCAACCACUCCAACAAGCUGUUCCAGUACGCCAGCACCGACAUGGACAAGGUGCUACUCAAGUACACGGAGUACAACGAGCCGCACGAGAGCCGCACCAAUGCCGACAUCAUAGAGACCCUGAGGAAGAAGGGUUUCAACGGCUGUGACAGCCCAGAGCCGGAUGGGGAGGACUCACUGGAGCAGAGCCCCCUGCUGGAGGACAAGUACCGGCGGGCCAGUGAGGAACUGGAUGGGCUCUUCAGGCGCUAUGGGUCAUCUGUUCCGGCCCCCAACUUUGCCAUGCCUGUCACAGUGCCCGUGUCCAAUCAGAGCUCCAUGCAGUUCAGCAAUCCCAGCGGCUCUUUGGUCACUCCUUCCCUGGUGACGUCAUCCCUUACGGACCCACGGCUCCUGUCCCCCCAGCAGCCAGCACUACAGAGAAACAGUGUUUCUCCGGGCCUGCCCCAGCGACCUGCUAGUGCAGGAGCCAUGCUGGGUGGAGACCUCAACAGUGCUAAUGGCGCCUGCCCCAGUCCCGUGGGGAACGGCUAUGUCAGCGCCCGAGCUUCCCCUGGCCUCCUCCCUGUGGCCAAUGGCAACAGCCUAAACAAAGUCAUCCCUGCCAAGUCUCCGCCCCCACCCACCCACAACACCCAGCUUGGAGCCCCCAGCCGCAAGCCUGAUCUGCGGGUCAUCACUUCCCAGGGAGGCAAAGGGCUAAUGCAUCAUUUGACUGAGGACCAUUUAGAUCUGAACAAUGCCCAGCGCCUUGGGGUCUCCCAGUCUACCCACUCGCUUACCACCCCAGUGGUUUCCGUGGCAACACCAAGUUUACUCAGCCAGGGCCUCCCUUUCUCCUCCAUGCCCACUGCCUACAACACAGAUUACCAGCUGCCCAGUGCAGAGCUGUCCUCCUUACCAGCUUUCAGCUCACCUGCCGGACUGGCACUAGGCAAUGUCACCGCCUGGCAACAGCCCCAGCAGCCUCAGCAACCACAGCAACCGCAGCCGCCACAGUCACAACCACAGCCGCAGCCACAGCAGCCACAGCAGCCACCUCAGCAACAGCCCCACUUGGUCCCCGUAUCGCUCAGCAACCUCAUCCCAGGCAGCCCCUUGCCCCAUGUGGGUGCUGCUCUCACGGUCACCACCCACCCGCACAUCAGCAUCAAGUCAGAACCAGUGUCCCCAAGCCGUGAGCGCAGCCCUGCACCUCCUCCACCAGCUGUGUUCCCAGCUGCCCGCCCUGAUCCUGGUGAAGGUCUCAGCAGCCCAGCUGGAGGAUCCUAUGAGACCGGGGACCGGGAUGAUGGACGGGGGGACUUUGGGCCCACACUAGGCCUGCUGCGCCCAGCCCCAGAGCCUGAGGCUGAUGGCUCAGCUGUGAAGAGGAUGCGGCUGGAUACUUGGACAUUAAAGUGACGGUUCCCACUCCCUCCUCUCAGCCUCCCUGAUGAAGAGUUGACAAUCUCACCGCCUACCCCUCCCUGUCCUGGGCUCCUCCCGCUCGACCCCCACUUCCUUUCUUCUGCUCCUUGUCCUGUUGAUGGUUACAUUUGUGUAUAAUUAUAUUAUUAUUAUUAUUAUUAUUAUUAAUUAUUAUUAUUAUAUUUUUAAAUUCGAAUUCUCGCUUUAGAGAGAGGGUUGCUCUUGCCCCUUUCUUGGCCUCACCAUUUUCACUGGUGGGGGACUCUCUUUAUUGCGGGAAAGGGGGGGACACUUUGCACGUUGUACACAUAUGCUGCAGGAGGGGGGGGCGGUAGGCCUUGGAGAAGGACAGGUGCCGAGCCCUGCAUGUGGAGCCCUCCCAUCCCAUUCCCAGACAGACGUACAGAACCAAAAACUAUCCAACAACAAAAACCCCAGAGCUGGCUUGAUGUUGGGUUUGCGUCUCAGGGACAGGAAGGGGCAGAGACUCUGCUUCGGGCUGUUCAUGGCUAGUACCCAUCUUGGUCCCUCCAGCUUCCUGCAUACACACCACACUCACUGGUCCUGUGUGCUGCACCCAAGGUCUGGGUUCUAGGAAGGCUGCCUGGGAAUCUGAGCCAGGGCAGGGACUUGAGGUAGGAACCUCUUUGGAAGUAACAUUGGAGAGACAGCCGUAGAAAGAGGGCUGAUGAGGGCAGAAGGACUGGGUGUGGCGAAUCGGGACCCUAUCCCUGGCUUUUCCUUUAAGAUGUACAGUGCAAUAGCUCCCCAUCCUUCAGCCUACCCCAGCCCUAGAAAGCUGGCCACGUACUGGAAGAGUUGGGGAGAGGAACUUCAGUGAAGUAGCUCCAGGUUGGAUCAGGGUCAUCCUUUGGUUCCCUGGGGCACUGAGGGCAGGAGGCCUGUCAGGGGCAGGCAUGGGGAGGGUACCUCUGCUUUGUGCACCCACACCCAGAAGAGUGCACACUGGGCACAUAGCAUGGUCCAUGGAGCUAGAGGGCCCUAUAGAUGCGGCCCCGGAGGCCCCUCCCCAGUCCUCCUAACUCCUGCCCCUGACCCACCUCCCAGCUUUUUUGCUCCUGUCUCGCUACCUCCUGUCCCUCCACCUCCAGGCCACGCCCCAGACCUGCCCUCUUGCUACUGUAAUUGUAAAUAGCAACCUUCCAAAAUGUUAGUGGUUAACAGUCCAGGAAACUGUUGUGUUUGUUGUUGUUGUUGUUGCUGUUGUAUUGAUAUGAAAUGAGAUUCUAUUUUUGUCAAAGUAUAUUGUAAUAAUAAUGACUCAAAUGGCCCGUACUGUACAGAUGGGAUUCUUCUGCUGUUCUUGCCUUCCUCUCCCAGGCUUGUUGUGCUUUGUCGCCUCCUCAGUGGGGCUUCAGGCAAGCACCCAGGGGCUGUCUAAGCAUCGGGUCCUAGGGGCCUCUUGCUGAUCCUGAGAUCAAACUGGAGGGAAUAGACACACCCCCAGCCUGCUCUCUGUCACCUCCCUCCCCAUUCCUCUGCCUCCUCACCCAGGGGAGGGGAUGGGAGGCAGCACACACUCCUGUGGGUAGAGUAAGACAGUGCUUAGUGCUGUAGGAAGAUGGUCUUUGCCCACCUGUGACCCAGCCUUUUGUAGUAUUUUGACACUUGAUGCAGGGAAGAAGCCAGAAGCAGAGGGGUGUGAGCAUGCUCGUGGGGGCGUUUCUGGGUGCACCCUGUAUUUAUGAGGUUGUGUGCAGCUGUGCGGAUGUACCUUUGAGUGCCUCUGAGUCCAGUGGGUGUAUUCGUAAAUCUUAGUGACUCAGGCUCCAGGGGCCUGUGUCUGUAUGGCUGGGUGUAUUUGCACAAGGAUAGGUGGCUUCCAGCCUUGUGCUUCUCACAGCCCUGUGCUUCUCACUGCCCUCUUCCCUGGGCUGCUUUCAGUCCUGAAACAUUUGUACUAAAGUUAUAGGGAGUUGCUAGUUGACCAUCCCACCUCUCCCCACAGCCUACCUCCACCAGGGCCCCACUCUGGGAGCUCUGCCUCCUUAUGGCUGUCCGCUAGUCCUAGCCAGACCAGUUCUGACCCUGGAGUUCUGACUUGUUUGUGGACAAACUCAAGUUCCUCUUCCUCCUGGGAGCUCUGCCUUCCCAGGCAGGCAACUCUCCUUUACCCAGGGUUUUACCCCAGUAGCUGACCAGGUAAGGGGGUCAAACAUGUGUCCUGCCUUCCCACCCCUCCUCACAGUUCCUAGAGGGAGUUUUAAGACUUGCUUAAGGCCUUGACAGGAGCCAUGUCCUGUGCACAUACACUCCCCUUGAAAGCAGCUGGCACAUUGUAGGCCCUCAGUAAAUGCUGAGUGGGUGCAUGAUAGGUGCUCAAAAAACAUGGAAUCACUGGCCUCUUCUCAGGCCCACCUUUCUAGGCUGAGCGUGGCCACCAUUACACAGAGCUGGGGGGAGGCCCCUGAAGUUCACAGCGUGCUACUCAUCAGUGUGCAGUCUGCUUCCCAAAUGCAAACCUGGCUUCUGAUUGCCAUGUAUGGGUGUGUGUGUGUGUGUGUGUGUGUGUGUGUGUGUGUGUGUUCAUCCCUGUCCCUGACAGUGGGGACAGUCUGUGAAUGAAUAUGUGACAUUUCUGCAGUUCAGUAUCUCCAGGAUUCUCCUGGGGCUAUGUAGGGGCUUCUGGCUGGCCAGGUAAAUUGAUCCCUGGGAACCCAGACCUCAAAUGGGGACUUAUUUUCUUCCUCUUACAAGCCAAAUUUGCCUCCUAUUCACUUCCUCUGCAAAACUGGGUAUUUGCCAAAGUAGCCUCUGGCGUCAUCCAAUGCCCUUCCCACCCAGAUUUCCCUCAGCUUUCAGGGACAGUGGGACCGAGGGCCACCCCCACAUGCCUCAGUGGAACACAUUCCCUCCACCCCAGCAGUGCACUCAACCGUCCCUCCCCACCUCGGACAGGAAGGAAGAAACAUGCACCUUCUCUUGCUGAUUAUUUAUUUGUUCAGAGAGACAGAAAUGAUGUGAAAGUGUCUAAAAGUCUUUCUAUCUCUAUAUUUUUAACUGACUCUCUGGAACCCCCUGUGGGGGAAUGUAGGCUUUCCUGGAGGCUGGGAGUUCCUGGUUCUACCCCCUUCUGCCUCCUGCUUAUGCAGAAGCAUGAGAUUUAAUGGGGGCAAGAGAGCUAAGAUUCCCAAGGAGAAUCUGAAUUCUCUACCCCAUUCAAGUCCCAGAGAGAGGGAAGUAGGGAGGGGUGGGGCCAGCCAAGAGGCGACCCAUCCCCAAACUUGACAAUCACCCACACUCCUGGCUCCAGGGUCUUGGGCAGGGUGAGUCCAAGUGUGUGGCUGUUGAUUUGUUUCAUUAUUUCUUUCCGUGCUGUACGGUGAUGCUUUCUAGUAUUCUGCACAUUAAGAAAAGACAAAGUCCUCGAGAUUCUUACGAGUUUGGUUUGGAAACUCUUUCACUAUAUUUGUUGUAAAGAGGUUUACUAUUAAAAGAAAAAAGAACACGUUUCUGAUA